AGUACUUCCAUCUCUGCUUUAAUAUCAUUUGUUUCAGGCUUUAUGGUUUGUUUUGGCUAAACAGGAUAACAGAUGAUAGUUUUGCAUGAGUAAAAUCUACAAUCCAGUGUAGACCUGCGAUCCAGCGCCAGGUUUUCUCCGCCUCCUCUGUCUGUGUGUGUCUGUCCAGCAGCAGCAGCAUGAAAGCAGAGAGAAACAGAAACACUAUGGCUGCCAGUCUGUCUCUUAAUCAGAUCUCCAGUGGAAAUCCCGUCUAUGACAAAUACUAUCGACAGGUUGAUCCGACGGGAAGUGGGCGGGUGGCAGCAGCUGAUGCAGCUCUGUUCCUGAAGCGGUCGGCCUUGGCUGACUUGGUCCUUGGGAAGAUCUGGGAUGUGGCAGACUCUGAACGUAAAGGUGCUCUUAGCAAGCAGCAAUUCUUCAUAGCGUUGCGGUUGGUGGCCUGUGCUCAAAAUGGCCUGGAGGUGGCACCCAAGAGCCUUUAUGUGGCUGUUCCUCCACCGAAAUUUCAUGACACAAGCAGCCCGCAGUUAGCAGGAGGGGCUGGUGACAUUCCCUGGGUCGUCAAGCCUGAGGAGAAGAUGAAGUUUGACUCCAUCUUUGAGAGUCUGGGUCCAGUAGGAGGGAUUCUAACAGGAGACAAGGUCAAGCCUGUCCUGCUCAACUCCAAGCUGCCAGUGGACAUCCUCGGCAGGGUGUGGGAGCUCAGUGACAUCGACAGAGACGGCAUGUUGGACAGAGAUGAGUUUUCUGUGGCCAUGUAUCUGGUGUACAGAGCCCUGGAGGGCGAGCCUGUUCCCAUGUCCCUACCACCUCCCCUGGUUCCACCCUCCAAGAGGAAAAAACCCUCGGUGCCUCCUGUGAUGCCCCUGUUACCCUCGCCCCCCUCAGUCAAAGACAGUCGCUCCUCCCACGCUGGCUCUAAGACCAUGCCCCAACCCCCUAAACCCGCCCCAGCUCCUGCCCCAACACCAGCAGCUGCCCCUUGGGUGGUGUCGCCAGCAGACAAAGCAAAGUAUGAUGAGCUAUUCAGCAAGACAGACGGUGACAUGGAUGGCCUCGUGUCUGGACCUGAAGUCAGAGAUAUCUUCCUGAAGACCGGGCUGCCUUCUGCCACACUCGCACGUAUCUGGGAGCUUUGUGACAUUGGAGACAUCGGGAAACUGACCCGAGAGCAGUUUGCCCUGGCGCUUCAUCUAAUCAAUCAGAGGUUGACUAAAGGCCUGGAGCCGCCGCAGAGUCUCUCCCCAGAGAUGAUCCCUCCAGCCGACAGACAAAACAUCAAACAGAACAACUUGGCUAACCUGGCAGCCGACUUCUCUGCCAUCAAGGAGCUGGACUCUCUCAGUAACGAGAUUGUCGAACUACAAAAGGAGAAGAUCACUGUGGAGGAGGAGAUCAAGGAGAAGGAGGAGGCCAUCAGACAGCGCAGCAGCGAAGUGCAGGACUUACAGGAGGAGGUGGCAAGGGAGAGCGGGGAGCUGCAGCGGCUCCAGGCUCAGCGGCAGAAGGUCCAGGAUGCCUUGGACGAGCUGGACCAACAGAAAGGCUCCCUGGAGGAGCAGCUGACUCAUAUUCGCCAGCAGACCAACCAAGAGACCCAUCUGAUUUCAUCGCUGCAGUCAGAGCAUGAGGAGCAGGAGCAGAAGAUAUGUCAGUUUGAGGAGGAGCUUGUCCAGGCCCGAGAGGAGCUCCUCGCUCUGCAGGAGGAGAGCAGGAGGCUGCAGGAGAAGGUCCAGAACGCUCAGGAGCAGCUCACACCUCUGCAAGAGUCUGUCCGCGACUCCUUUACACAAGUUGCACAGGUUCAGCAGAAAGUGAACGACCUUCAAGUGGAGGAGAGGUCAGUAACUGCCCAGCUCAGCUGGAAGAGAGCCCUGGAGGACAACUCUCCCGUCAUGGUCAACGGCUCAGCAGGCCCCACUGCAGAGCUGAACCAGGGGGACCCCUUCCAGCAGGACCACUUCCAGGAGGACCAGCCUAAAGAGCUGAAGGAAGAAGAACAACCAGCUGCUGUCUUCAUUCAGCAGAAAGAACAUUUAGAUCAAAAAGAAAAAGAAGGAGUGAAUGAGAGAGAAGAGGAAGAAGAGAAGGAGGAAGAGAGUCCAAAGUCUCCAGAGGAGGAAAAGUUGAAACACGAUGCGUUGGAUGAUCUCUAUACUAGUGUAGCCUCCUCUGAGAUGUACAAUAAUCGACCGACCCUCGCCAAGCCACAGGAGAACACGGAACACAGUAGCCCGACACCCGACAUCUCCUCGGAGGUCACAGAUGAUGCAGAGGAAUCGCCUAAAGAGAGCCCACCGAAGGUUGCAUCGCCAGAGCCAGAGAGCAAACAGGAGCCAGCAGAGUCUCCAGAAACCACGACCCCCACCUCGUUACCACCUCAAGUCGGCCCUCGCUCUAUGCCGCCUCAGACCAGCCCUCCCUCCCUGCCUGAUAUGGACUUCUUCCAUUCAGACCCCUUUACUGACCACGAUCCUUUUAAAGAUGAUCCAUUUGGAAAAGCAGAUGUUGCAGAUCCGUUUGGAGGAGAUCCAUUCAAAGGGUCAGACCCCUUUGCUGCAGACUCUUUCUUCCAGGCCGCCGGUGCCCCCUUUUCCUCAGAGGACCCUUUCUCUGCCUCAGCUGACCCGUUUGGUACCACUACUGGCGCGCCAGAACCAGACCUGUUUGCAGCCAAGCCGAAUGACGCAGCGGCUGCGCCAGCAGCAGGUCCAGGUCCCUUCACCUCCAAACCUACCAAUCCAGCUUCAGCACCUAAGGAUCCAUUCAGCUCCUCAGGGAACAAUAAGGCUGAUUCGGACCCGUUCAUAGGCAAAGUGAACGCCACCGGGGAGGCGGAUCCAUUUGGUUCUCCGGACGGAGGGACGGAUCCUUUCAGCUGCUCUCCACCCUCCUAUGAGCUGGCCGUGAAGGACACUGCAGCAUCCAAUGACCCGUUCGCUCCAGGUGGUACUACAGUUAAUGCCAGCUCUGAUCCAGAUCCGUUUGCUGCUGUGUUUGGUAAUGAGUCAUUUGGAGGCGGCUUUGCAGAUUUCACCGCUUUGACAAAGUCAAACGGUUCUGACCAGUUUGGCAUCAACAAUAAGAACCUGUUCCAGGAAGAAAGUCAGUCUGCCGGCCCCGAUGUGCCCCCAGCCCUGCCCCCAAAAACGGGUACGCCAACUAGACCACCUCCUCCACCUCCAGGUAAGAGAUCGUCCAUCUCUCGGACAGAGUCGUCUGAGUCCUUCCAGCGACGAGGGCCCUUCCUCCAGCAGCCCUCAGGAGACUUCUCCUCCUCCUCCUCCUCCUCUUCCCUGCCUGCCAAGGAUCCUAUAGCCGACCCCUUCGCCCCCUCCUCCCCUCCUCGCCACAACGCACGGGAAGCUGACCGAUUUGCCAGCUUUGACAAACAGUGGGAUGUUCCACCUACAACAGUAUCCAACGGAGGAAGACAUGAUAGAGUGGGCAAAGCGCGAGAGCGAGCGAGAGGAAAAGGAGCGACUUGCCAGGCUCACCCAGCAGGAACAAGAGGACCUGGAGCUGGCCAUCGCACUCAGCAAGUCUGAACUCUCCUGAGGACCUCGUCUCCCCCCCCCCCCUCCUCCCCUCCCCUCCCCUAGUCCACUGACCUGGCUCGGCACGGCACAGCACAGCCUGGCCCAGCCCAGAAAGCACCAAAGUAAAGUGGGGACUGUAUAGGACUGAUUCAGCAGCACCUGCUGACCCCAUGAAGAGACUUUCUUAGAAUAAACCCAUCUCUGAAUCUUUCUCCCCAGACUGUGUUCACGGUUCUCUGGCAUUGCAGUAUUGUGUUUUUCCAUCCUGUUGGUCAUGUUAUGGAGGAAAGGACCAAGAUGGAAGAUGUAUGUUUUGAAGAAUGGGUUUGUUGAAAAUGAAAUGCAGUGAAUAUGGAUCUAGAAAUCGCUCCGUUGAUUUCAACACCAGGCUACAAAUGCCACAUUAACUCUCCAGAAUGUAAUUUAUUUAAUGCACUCAAAAUUACAUUGAAACAGCCUUGUCAAAGUCCUGUCUUUAUCCACUAACAGUACUCACUACACUUGAUUAAACUCGGCUCACUUUAGCUUCUGACGUUACAUUGAGAAUAUCAUGAGAUUUCUUUAACGGUGCAGUGUGUAGGAUCUGACGGCAUGUAGUGGUGAGGUUGCAGAUUGAAACCAACUGAAACUUUUCCCGUGUGCCAAGCGUGUAGGAGAACUACGGAGGCUGACGAAUGGCCCUCUCAAGAGCCAGUGUUUGGUUUGUCCGUUCUGGGCUACUGUAGAAACAUAGCGGCCGGCUCCAUGAAGAGGACCUGCUCUCUAUGUAGAUAUACACGGUUCAUUCUGAAGGCCCAGGCGCACCAACCCAGCAUCAAAGAACUAGAGUUGACUAAGGCCAAAAGUUGCGUCGCCUUACGUCACCUUUGCAAAAGUUGCAAUCGAACACACCGCAAAGACUACAGCCGACGGCCAAACACCACGUAUGUUCAGCGCCUGCGUGAGAUGAAAUAACUCUCUCUAUCAACAGGCGGCAGUAGUCUGUAUUUGUCAUUCAAAAACAGAAACGGGAAGACCGAGGACUUGGCUUCAUUCCAGAUGGCCAUGUCGUUGUGAAAAUAUCCGCGUAUUGGAAUGAUCAGAUGAGAUGAAGAUAAAAAUGAGAAGAGCCUUCUGUGUUUUUUCCUCUUGACUUAACUCGUUGCCUUGCUUUCCUCACGUCCGUUUCUCUUCUCGUGCACUUAUUCGUUUAAGCUGAACCGCCAAUCAGAGCGAUUUCUUUCAAGAAACGGCGCCACUGCCGAUUCAACAUGCUCUCCGACAGCUGACCGUCGGCUUGGUGUGUCAGGGCCUUAAGGUAACGAAAACACAAUACUUAUUUUCAGGUGAUUAUACACUAAAGAAAACAUACUUAUUAAUAAUAUAUUGCAUUUCUGCCAAUACAUCCCCCUAAAUGCUACACACUGUUCCUUCAAUUAGAAAUAGACUUGCUACUUUUGAAGAUCCCUAACCCACCCCCCUAAUUCCCUUCCAGCUCUUCUGAAACUUCUUUUCUGAAACUAAACCUAGAACUGUAGUUUCAAGACCAUAAGCUGGGAAAAAUAGUGUUUUUUUGAGGCACUGUAACAAACUUUUUGAAAUGGAGUGACCAUGUACUUUUCUAGUCCUGUAUGAUGGAAGAGGGCCUAUGAGAUUUUAAAAAAAUUGUCCAGGAUAGUGUGACAGAAUUCAACAUUUGUACUUGUAUAACUGGAAGUUACCAGUCCUCUGAUAUGUGAAACGCAUGUGCAGAUUUAUACUAAAAAUCAAACAAAUCCAUCACAGCUACCACAUUCAGCUUCUAGAUACUUUGAUUUCUUUUACAUUUAUGUAUUGCAUCUGUUCUGUUCUGUUCUGUCAAAGUUAAAAAUGUAUUUCUUGGGAGAUAACUGAAAGGAAUGAAACUACAACUACUACAUGUAAUGAUUAGAUGUUAAUUAGCAUUAAAUUUCAGGGCACACUACAAAGGAUUGCACAAAACAAUAACUGCUUUUUUGAGUCCAAAAGGACCAAAUACUUAUCUUUUAAUUAGUAUGAAACCUUCAAUUCUGGGCAAUCACCGAGCCUUUAUUAAUAUGUUAUGCUGAAAUAUGGCUGCAACACCGGUGAGAUAACAAGACAAACAUAACUUCAAAAAUAGAAACUGGGUUGUCAUAGAUGAAUGUAUGAGUGUGAAGAAACACUUUACCGGCUCUGUUUACUCUUACAUUAAAUGAAUAGUGUUAAUAGUAAUGAAUUGUUAAUCCUGAUUGAUCCAGGGUUAGGCACGCAGCAGUCUCCCUAAAGCAGCAUCAUGCUGAAUGACACUUCAGUAGCAUGGAUGCUGGAUUAUUAAUGAGAGAAGUGUAUUAAAAAAAGAUCAACUUCCUCAAGUAGUCAAUAUCCAUUUCACAAAUGUCACACUAGAUCCCAUUACAAAGUGUUGGGUGCUUCUUUUGUUAGCGUUUGUGUGAACUUUUAAUUUUUCCAAGACAUUUUGUUUUUCAGGAGAUGCUUCCUCUGAGAGACUAACUGGAUUUUAAAAAGUCUUACACAAAGUCAGUAAAAGUUGAUUAGCGUCUCUGCGUUUUGGUGGAGCAGUUUGUCUUCUUGUCUGUGCACUUCAGGCUCUGUGGGGGAUUUAACUUACUGGUGUGAGGAUAAACGCCCCCCCGUUGCACUGCAUCCACACGCCAGUUAUUUAACACCCAUACAGCUGUUGGCCGGCCAGUGAUUCUUCUUCUUCGUGCUGGGUAAUUUUGUGUUUUCUCCCAGAAAAUGAACCAACACUGAGUGCUAAACUGUGAUAGAUGGUUUCUGAACAAAGGAAGGCUCAGGUCGAAGAGCAGGAGGUGUUUGUUUUCAUUUCCUUUGCUGACCAAAUAGUGCACAACAUUUUGAACACCUCUUCCUGUUAGUUUUUUCUCUUCUCAACCUUGUUAAGAUUAAGCAUCGUCAUACUCUCCACUUCUCAUUUUCAUCCAGUUUACUGUCCGUGGUCGAGGCUGCACUUCCUACUCAGUGCGUCUCAUAUUGCAGUUCACGUUUAUUGUAAAUACAAGAGAGCAGGCGUCGUCCGUCUCUUCUUCACCGUCACAGCUGAGUCUCUUGUCAUGCUACAGUUUCAUUCUCUCACAUUUAAAGGCCACCUGACACAUUACUGUCAUUUGUACAGACUCCUUUUACAAAUCAAGAACCACUUAUGUGUCUAGGCUUACCCAUAAAGGCUUUUUAAAACUCAAGCUAAUUGUAUUUUAUUUUGUAUUUUCUAACAUGUAAGAAACAAAAUCAUUAUUUGGAGGUUUGGCCAGAAUAUGUAAUGCAUUUAAUUGAAACAGAAUAAAUAUUAAACGUGUAGUUUUGCA